AUGCGCCUGCAACGGCUUGUCGUCUUGCUGGGGGUGAUCACCUUAGUCGGCCUGUCCAUCAUUCUGAUCAAGGGCCCGUCCGCCGUCGAGAGCUCCUUCGACUUCACCGGCAGCGAGCCAUUCGAGAACAGUUUGCCGCCCAAUUUCAAGUCUCUGCUGCCUCCGCCAUCGGAGAAGUCGCACCCCAUUGCCAAACUCAUCGAGGAUGGCGACGCUAAAUUCAGUGCACAGCGCUCGCGCCAGUCCUCCACUCUAGAGGAGGCUGUCCAGGAAUACCGUCGCCGCUAUCGCAUGUAUCCUCCGCCGCAUUUCGACAAGUGGUUCGAGUUUGCCAAAAGGCAUGAUGUGCAGAUCAUUGACGAUUAUGAUACGAUUUACAACUCCCUGCUGCCCUUCUGGGCUCUGGACCCGAAAACGAUUCGUGACCGAGCGCGGGAGACGUUGGGAUUUGACAAUGCCAUGAUCGGUCUCCUGAUCAGAAACGGUAAAGUCACUAAGGUCGAGGGAGGCGGAGAUGGGCGCAAGUGGCAGCGGGAUGCGACUGUCCACAUGAUGGAAAAGUUCAUUGAAUACCUCCCUGAUAUGGACCUGGUCUUUAAUACUCACGACGAGCCGCGUGUCAUCCUAGCGAACGAGGAUCUGCAGAGACUGGUGAACAUUGCUACGAACCGGAUCGAAGUGUCCGCCUCUAAAAACGUGCCCCCGAGGAAUUCGUGGUCCUCGAGGCCAGCAGAUGUGAAUAAAGGCGAUCGGAUCGAGGAGGUCCGCACAACGCGUUUCAACCGCUUUGCUCACCAGCCUACGUGGACGAAUUCGCGGAUUUCGUGCCCCGUCGACAGUCCGGCCCGUUCGCUCGACGAGAAUCAGUCCGACAAUGUUACCGCGUACGGCUACGGCGAGCUCGGCUUCAUCUACAAUACCACUGCUUUCUCCGACAUCUGCCUGUCACCAUCCCUCAGGAAUACUUUUGGAUUCUUUGACCGACCGAACGCAUUCGAUAUUGUUCACGACUUGUUCCCGGUGUUUUCGCAGAGCAAGAUCUCCAGUUUUCAGGACAUAUUGUACCCCAGUCCGUGGUACUGGAUUGAGAAGGUCCCCUAUGAAGCAAGGAAGGAUUUCGAUUGGGAUGCCAAAAAGGACAAGCUGUACUGGAGGGGGUCAACAACCGGAGGAUUCUCUCGAGGGGGCGGCUGGCGAAGACAGCACCGACAGCAGUUUGUUAAGAAGAUCAACGCCCCCGAUACUACGCUUGUUCUUGAGAAAAACGAGGAAGACAAAUGGGCCGCGAAGAGGAUUCGUCGUAGGGACUAUAGCGAUUGGUUCGAUGUCAAGUUCACCUUUAUCGGCCAAUGUGAUCCUGACGACUGCGCAGCGCAGCGGGAGUUCUUCGAGGUUGUCAAACCUGCAGGCCAACAGGACGCCUGGGCUUACAAGUACCUGGUGGACAUUGAUGGCAACGCCUUCAGCGGUCGUUACUAUGCUUUCUUGCUGAGCAACAGCUUAGUCUACAAGCUUUCCGUCUUCCGUGAAUGGCACGACGAAUGGUUGAAACCGUGGGUACACUAUGUGCCCUUGAGUACGAACGGCGACGAAUAUGUCGAGAGUGUGCGCUAUUUCAUUGCCGAAGAGGAGGGGAGAAUACAGGGUCCGCGAUUAGCCAAACAGGGCAAAGAGUGGGCAGAGAAAGCGUUACGGAACAUUGAUCUUGAAGCUUGGUUUUUCAGGCUAUUAUUAGAAUAUGGACGUUUAGUCGACGAUAAUCGGGACAAUCUUGGGUUCUCUGUGUGA